AUCCAACUUUAUUUUCAUAGAAUUUCAUCUCGAUUUGUCUCGUUCUCAAUCGCACCGCCUUCUCUGCGAUUUCCUCACCCCAUUCCCAUUAUACAAUUCUCCACGCACACUCAAGCAGCAAAGCAUCCCCCUAGAGCUCUUUUCAAACAGCGGAAGGAGGCAGCAGCAGCAACUGCUGAAGGAGGCCAUGGAUAGCUCGCUCAAAUCCGCUGACCUUCUCGGCCAGAUGAAGCUCCACCUCUCCACCGAUGCCGGCAAGGAAAUCACUAAGAAGAUCGGUCUUGUCUAUCAGCUCAACAUCGCACCAAAGAAGAUUGGGGUGGAUGAGGAGAUCUUCGUCGUCGAUCUCAAGGAAGGAAAAGUUACCAAAGGCCCCUACGAGGGGAAACCAGAUGCUACCUUUUCGUUCACGGAUAAGGAUUUCCUCUCUAUUGCAACAGGGAAGAUGAACCCUCAAAUGGCAUUUAUAAGGGGAGCUAUGAAGAUCAAGGGCAGUAUAAGUGCAGCCCAGAAGUUCACGCCAGAAAUCUUCCCAAAGCCUUCGAAACUUUGAAGUUUGAACUAAAUGUUUGUUUACCUUUUCUCUACAGUAGUAAUAAAAUUGUCUCAGUACCUGGCGUCUUUGUUACAGAGAUAUAGUAUACAUGUUCAGGAGUUCCCUUCAACUUACGUAGAGCAAAAAGGAAAACAAUGCAAUCAGUAUUCAUAUUUUCAACAAAUUCCCUUCUCAAAAUACUUGAAUAUAGCCAUUCAGAUUAGAAGUCUAGUAGAGUAUGGUUUCUUCAAACAUAUUAUUAUUUGACAUUAGAUUCUUUGGAAUUCAUGUCUUUCUACUAGCAAAGAUUCUUUCCUUUGGAAAUUGGUUACAA